AGGAGUUGCUGCUAUUCAUAUUUUAUGUAUAUAAAUCAGAAGACGAAGCACCAGAGAACCGGAAGCAUUUCACUCCCAGAACCAAAAGAACACAUAAAUUACGGACUACCAUCUCCCAGUAAGAGCCGAAAUGUCUCUCCAUGUUGGAAACCUAUCAAGUGACACCACUGAUGACACUCUGCGCUCCUGUUUUGAACAGUUUGGCGUCGUCACAAAUGUGGCAAGGGCUUGAUUACCUCUUGAAAAUAACCAUACAAUGUGUUAACCCAUGAAAUAGAUCGUCAUGCGUGAUCGGGACACUGGCAGCUCUCGAGGCUAUGGUUAUGUGAGCUUUGAUAAUUCCUCUCAAGCUGAAAGUGCAAUAACCUGUGCGAACGGAAAGGAAAUUGAUGGAAAUUGUUUUACAGUAAAGUUUGCUUCCGGUCGUGCUACUCCUGCUGAUGGUGGCGGUGGCCCUCCAAGACGUUAUGGCGGAGGAGGUUAUGACGGAGGAGGUUAUGACGGAGGAGGUUAAGACGGAGGGGGAUACGGUGGGGGCCAUUAAAGCCAUCGAUAUGCGACAUAGGUAAAUGGGAAAAUCUACAAUACUACUACUACUGCCCUUGGAGUAGCCCCUGCAGUGCUUCUUCAGUGUCAUAUGCCGUCAACAGCUCAGCCUUGAGCUUUUCAAUCUCGUCCUUAUUAUCCCUUCUCACGCCAUCCAACAUACCCUUCGCAGGACCAACAAGGUGAGCGUCGCUAAGCUCCAUAACAACUGCCAUGAGCACCAAGCUAUCUCCCAUCUUCGCCAGCUUUCCAUCCGCGUCAAGGCCAUUCAUGAUCUUCAG